AUCACAUCCAAGACCGCUUCUUGCACAACGUUUCACCGAGUAUUUCUCAUCAGGUCUACACAACAGUCGCAUCGCAUUUGCAGUGGCACCAAUCCUCAUCGCCCAUGGCAAGUCCUUCGUAGGACAUGACAGAAUACAGUCACAUUUCACUGGGAUUUGGAGCACAGCAUCGCACAUUACGGCUUCACAUCAGAUAGCUCACGGUCUUCUCGUCAAUCAAUCGACCGUGGAUCCCAUCACAGACAACACCACUUCUCAUACGCAUCCACUGUCCUCACCAGUCAACCACAACAGUCGCAUCGGAUUUGGAGUGGCGCAGAUCCUCGUCACUCAGUCUCUCUCCAGAAAUGAAUACAGUCACGUUUCGCCGGAGUGCGGAGCACAGCAAGGAACAGCACGGCUGCAGCAUCAGCUGGCCCGCGAUCUUCUCCCGGCCACGUUACUACUGUGCAGGCGCUCGAUGGGCGUCUAAGUCUCUAUAUGAGCCUCGUCCCUGACGUGCCACUGGCUCCGACCUCACAUUAACCUCUACUCGUGUCUGCCCGACCACUUCAUCCACGUCCCCCAUGCACGGAUCCAAAACGCCCGAACCCGAGUCUGUCCCGGCGUCUAGUGAGGCGCACCUCGUCCUCCACCAGGGUCUCGGCGCACUGGAUGACCACAUCGACGCACUGCUCGCGCUUUGGGAGGAGCUGCGGCUCGUGACGUGCGAGGCGGCUGAAGCGGAUCUGGUCUCGUUUGCACAGAGCGCUUGCUUCUUCGGCGUCGUGUUGCUGGAGAGGGAUUGGCCGGUAGAUGAGGAUGCUGGGAUAGAAUACGAGAAUGCUGUUAGCGAGGGGAUGGAAGAGGGCUAUGGACAGCUGGGUCGCAGAUCCCCGGGGAACUUCGAAGCGAAUUGGACUGAGAGUGGGGAAAGUCAGGGCAAGGGCGCAGACGCUCAGAACGAGGGUCUUCAUUUCGUAGCGGCCACAUCUCAAUCGUCCAAACAGUCUGACCUGUCCCCGAAGCCCGACAUCAUCACAGUCUCUCUGAACGCAAAACCAGCCAAGCCAUAUUCCGCCAUCGGCAUCGUGUACUUGACUCUGACGCCUUUGGGCAGCUGCCCACCGAAGCAAGUAGGCGAGCUGAACCUCGGCAUAAUCAUCGACCAGUCGCAUCGGCGGAAAAGCUUCGCCAACCGCGUUCUCGAGGUGGUUCUGAAUCAAGCAUUCAACGACAUUAGGUGUCACCGUGUGCAGGCGAACCUGCUCGGUGCCGAGCCGUGGGGAUUGAUGUUUUCGCUGCUCUUGAAACUGGGUUUCGGGCACGAGGGGACGAAACGACGUGCGUUCUUCCACCCGGUCGUUACCGAGUGGCAGGAUCUCACGACCAUGGGCGUCCUUGCGACGGACUGGCUGAAUCGGGGGCGGUACAAACCGGCUCCCACGACCCUCUGGGACGAGCUGUUCUUGCGGCACUCUCGAGAGCGCGAGGCGCUGCUCAAAUGGGACGACUCCCACCAGCACCAGCGCAAGCGGAGUAAUAGCACUGAGACGGUGCGCUACGUGGUGCCUUUGGUUCCAGAGAGCGAAUGUUCCAGCACGUCUGAUGCGGAGUGGGUAGAUACGAGUCCCGACCGCUCAGACUUCGGGGAAAGGCGCUCGGUGGGGCUUGAGAGUGUACGAUCAACCAGUCCGGCUGUCUCGGUGGCGUCGUCGUCUUGGUCUGCUUUCGAUUAUCCCUCGGACUCUCCUCUUCCAUCGGAUUGGGAAGUGGACCUGGCUGAGAUGGGCACAACGAGAAGUGGUUGAUGCACAUUCGAUUCGAGGCAAGGCCAGUCCAGUCCAGCCCAAGCCACCUGGUUGAAUGGAUCGUGUACUUUUGAGUGUAUAUCUACACGGAAAACAAGCAACGCACUUAUUCUGUGACUGCGGACCUUAUAGCUCCUGAGUGGCAGUGCAGGCACCUCAAAUCCGAAUGCCGAGUCUGCCGAUCGAGCCCCACAUUCUGUUUCUGCUUCUGCUACCAUAUCCGUCCCAACAACUCGCACGACGAACUCGGAGCCCGCCCAUUAUACCUUGAUAUCAAUAUCACUGGCCCAUGUAGAAUGAAUGCGCAUCGGCAACUCCGGCACAGGGGCGAGCAGGACGAGGAUAAUUUCCGCAGCAGUUUUGAAUCCGCCGGCUUAGUUUGUAUGUACUAUUGUUUCCCAUCGUAGGCCGCGCCUGCUUCGUCGAAAAUGGGGGGAGAGACCUUGAUUAUCGACGGCGGCCGCGAGUCACUUAUCUUGCGCAUCCUCAACUGCCUUCUCGUUCCCACCAGUCGAUGUUUGCUCUCAUGUCGCGUCGGUUCGUGUUGGCUUCUCCAUCUUUACUUGGACAUCUUCUUUGAGACUAGUUGGUGCAUCGGCUGACUAUCUCGGGGAUCAUCGUACGCGCGCCCGGGACCCGCUAUCUCGACCGCAGCCAUCUCCACUGGAUCGCAAUAGUCCUCCUACAUAACAGAAUCGCUGCGAUAGGCGUCACUGGUGAAGAGAUGACGGAAAUGCAAACGAAGUGGAGGCUCGGGAUCGACGUGGGUGGCACAUUCACUGACGGUAUUCUCUACAAUCCUCAUACGGGACGCACGUACCGCACAAAGAUCCCAUCGACCCCCGACAAUCAGGCGCGUGGGGUACUGUCUGCAGUGGACCGUCUGCGUGGGCUAGCUAAGGAGGAGGACGUGCAGGAGAUCGAGGUUGAUGCGCUGCACCACGGAACGACGGUGGCGACGAACGCGCUACUAGAAGGGACCGGUGCGCGGGUGGCGCUGGUGACGACAGAGGGGUUCCGGGACACGCUAGUUUUGAGACGCAGUCAGGUGCCCGGUGGGCUGGGUGCGUGGGUGGUGUAUCCGAAGCAGCGUCCGGUUGUGAGCCUCGAGAUGACGAUCGAAUGCCCCGGACGUUUCGCCAUCGACGGGAGCGAGGUCCGGCCAUUCGACGCGGAGGUAUUUCGGGAGCGGGUGCAAGGCCUGAAACAGCACAACCCCGAGGCGUUCACUGUCAGCCUGAUCAACUCGUUCGCCAACGCCGCACAUGAGCAGGCGGCGGCGGCAGUGCUGGCGGCGGAGUUCCCGCACGUGCCGAUCGUGCUGUCGAGUAACGUGCUCCCAGAGCUGAUGGAGUACGAACGCACCCUCACCGCCGUCGUCAGUGCCAUGGUGCGCCCGCGCGUGUCAGCGUAUUUGACGCAGCUAACCGCCGGGCUGCCCACCGCCGACAUCCGCAUCCUCCGAUCCGACGGUGGCCUGACGAGCCCCGCCCUCGCCACCGAAUUCAGUGCGAAUCUGCUCUACUCCGGCCCGGCAGGGGGUGUUGCCGGCGUCGCGGCGCUCGUCGCGCGCAAAUGCGGCUACGCGAAUCUGCUGACGUUCGACAUGGGCGGGACGUCGACGGACGUGUGUCUCAUCCAGGACGGCACACCGGCGCUGCGCCGCGAGACGACGGUGGGCGAUCUGACUGUGCGCGCGCCGUCGGUGGAUGUGCGCACCGUCGGCGCAGGCGGGGGGAGCGUCGCGCAUGUGCCCGACGUGACACGGGCACUGAGGGUCGGGCCGGAAAGUGCCGGGGCGGUACCUGGGCCCGCGGCGUACGGGCAGGGUGGGGCAAAGCCCACCGUCACUGACGCGAAUCUGCUGCUAGGCUUUCUCCCCCCGACCCUUCUCUCCAACACCUUCCCGCUGUCCACUGCGGCUGCACAUGCUGCGCUGGCCCCCCUCAGUACCGCACUAUCGCUAUCGCUGCUCGACACAGCCGCAGGGAUCAUCGCGCUCGCUAACGAGACGAUGUUCGGUGCCCUGAAGAGCGUGUCGCUCGAACGCGGCCUCGAUCCGCGAGCGUUUAGUCUUGUUGCAUUCGGCGGGGCCGGCCCGACACACGUGUGCGCCCUCGCCCAGCUGCUCGGGAGCUACCCCGCUAUCGUCCCGCCCAGCCCCGGUGUGCUGUGUGCCUUCGGCGACGCGGUGGUCGGCCUGCGGCACGAAGUGGGUCGGACGUGCAAUGGGAUGACCGAGGCCAGGGAUGUGAUUGAUGUAUGUAGGCAUCUGGCGCGCGAGGCGGCGGCAGUGCUUGAGAAACAGGGAGUAGCACAGGAACGCCAAUCUUGCAGCUGGGAAGCGGAUAUGCGGUACACGGGCCAAGCGAUGAGCCUUCCCGUUGUGUUCCACGUCGAUGAGCUUGUGGAGAAGGGGAUGCAGAUCAUACAGGACCGAUUCACAGCGCACCACAACACCCAGUUCACGUACACCCUCCCGCUUCCUGUAGAGCUGAUCAAUCUGCGAGCUCGUGUGGAGGAGAUCGCCGAUCCGCUCAUCCUGCCCGUCUUGCCGGAGCGUGAGGGGGAUAUGGACGAUGCCCUGAUGGGGCGGACGCAAAUGUACUGGUCUGGACACACCUACACCGAUGCGCCUAUCUGGGAUCGUGCCAAGCUAUGCGCAGGAGACCGUCUCAGCGGGCCGGGGAUCAUCAGCGAGAUGGACGCCAAUACGUUACUCUUGCCGGACCACCGCGCGGAGAUCGACGGGUGGGGAAACAUCCUCAUCUGGCCGCAAGAAACCGUGUAUCCGCCGGGCCAAGCCGUUGCCGGGAAUAUCUCAGAGGAAGAUAAGCCACAGCAGGACCAGAAGAUCGUCACACAGAUCGUUGAAGCCGCGCUGGCGAACGCGCGGUUGGAGAUGGACGGCUUGAUUCAGCGCACGGCGCUUUCGCCUGCCAUGCGAGAGCAGCUGGAUUACUUCCCGAUGAUAUCCGCCGGCGAAGGCCCCAAUGAGGGGAAGAUGGUUAUCGGCCAGUUUGGGUCGUAUAUCGGCCACUUUCUGGAGAUCUGGACCUCUACAAUCGACCCCGGAGAUGUCUUUAUCACCAAUGAUCCAUACGAAGUGCGGGGCGGUAUAUCGCACCUCAACGACAUGCUCGUUAUGAUGCCGGUGUACUUUGGUGCUAGGAGGGUCGGAUGGGUGGCUAAUCAGGGGCAUUUCACCGACGUGGGCGGACAAACGCCUGGGUCUCUUCCGAUCAACGCACGUUCCAUCUUUGAGGAUGGGAUCCAGAUUCCACUGAGCAAGCUGUACGAGGGUGGAAAGAUGAAUAGCGCAUUGCAGAAUAUCAUUAUCCGGAACUCUCGUACCCCGUCUUUCUCCCGCGCAGACCUGCACGCCUUGGUGGCCGCGUGCCGGAUUGCCGGAGAGCGUAUCACAGAGCUGUGCACGCGGUUCGGCGUGGAUCGGUUCGCAUACGCGCUAGACUCGCUCCUGGCGCGGAACCGGGCUGCGUUUGCGGUGCUGCUCAAGACGAAGAUCCCGGCAGAUGUGAAAAUGAGUUUCGAGGACUGGAUGGACGAUGAUGGAACGGGGUGGGGGCCGUGGAAGUUCCGCUGUGCGAUGUUCAAGGAGGUGUUCGUGGGGGAGAAUGGGGUCGAGGAGGAGAGGCUGGUGUAUGAUUUUGAUGGCACGGACCCGCAGGCGGAGAGCAGCGUGAACUGGCUGCUAUCGCCAACGACAUGGAAGAUGCGGUCAUCGGCGUAUCUGAUCAAGGCUUUGGACCCGUCAAUCACGCUCAACGACGGCGCAUACGAUCUGAUGGAUGUGCGCAUCCCCCGAGGCACCCUCCUCAACCCCGUCCGCCCCGCCGGCCUCUCCUGCCGCACACAUCUCCUCGGACGGACGCUGGACCUGAUGAUCGGCACGCUCGGCCAGCGCCAGCCGCUGAUGAUGACUGCGGCAGGGUACAGCGACAGCCCGCACUUCUUCUACUCGGGCUGGCAGGCGGGCGAGUGGUUCCAGGUGUACCAGAUCGGCUUCGGCGGUGUGCCCGGGCGGCCGGUCGGCGACGGCCUGGACGGACACUCGCUGUUCCCGAGCAUGAAGACGGUCCCGAACGAGUAUCUCGAGCUGUACUACCCCCUGCUCGUCGACCGCUAUGCACUCAUCCCGGACUCGGGCGGCGCCGGGCUGCACCGUGGCGGAAACGGCGUGCGCAUCGACUAUGUGUUCCGCGCACCGGGCGAGGUGUCCCUGCACGACGACCGCUGGCUGACGAAACCGUGGGGAGUGAACGGUGGCUUGCCGGGUGCGCGAUCGAGCAAAGUGUUGGUCAGGAAGGCCGAUGGCGUGCGCGUCGCGCUGAAGAGCAAGGCGGAUCACGUCAGGGUCGAGCCGGGCGACAUCCUCGAAUGGUGCACCUGGGGCGGCGGCGGCUGGGGUGCACCAGAGCUCCGAUCAGCAGAGCUCGUUGCCCGCGAGGUCCGCGAGGGCCUCGUCACACCCGCCGGCGCGCAUCACUACGGCGUGCACCUCACCCCCACCGGCGCCGUCGACCUCGCGCCGACCGCUGCGGCCCGAGCACAGAUGACGGCGGCCCGCGAAGGCCGCGCGGGGGUCUUCGAGAUCGACCGUGGCGGGUCGCUGCGGGAGCUGUUUGAGCGCUGUGUGGACGAGACCGGCCUUCCGCCGCCGCGCCUGCCGUCGGCGCGGACCCUGCGCGGACCGGUUGCGACGAUGUCCGAUGUGCUGGCGCUGCACCGGCGCAGACAGGAGGAGGACCGGGAGGAGUUUGGCGAAGAGGCGUAUGAGCGGUACGCUGCGGCGGGAUUGCAUGGCGAGGAGACGAUGAGAGGAGGAGACAGAGGAUGUUGCUGACCGGAUUUUUACACUGUAUGCGGAAACUAACAGUGCUGCUACCAGACAAUUCUUGUCUUGAAACUAGAAUGCAGUGCACUCAUUCUAUCGCUGGAGUGCAUACAUCGGGAUCACAUAGCUCGAACGCACGUCCUAAUGCACCUGCCUCCAGAGGAGGUUGUUUGUACCGCAAAUGGCUGCGAAAACGUUCCGUUCUUGAUCGAUCUCACGAAAUUGAUCGUCUAGCAUCCUUCCACGACCCGUAAGGUUGCGGUUGUCAACCGAUAACAGUAUAAGCUACAAAUGUCACUUACAGUCGAAGACGCCCAAAUUGACUUCUGUGACUGAUGGUAGAAUACGUGACAGUCAGGCUUAGUUUCCCGAAUCAUCGUUGGCAAUGCCGCUUCCUGGGGUGCGCCAUUCAGUACGAUCCUCAUGGCCCCAGCAAUCGUCUCGAUCUUGCUCCUCUGAUUCGAUCGCGGCUAGAGACGCUGAUCCUGAAUGAAUCCGGCCUCUGAACUUCUGCUCAUUCGUGCUCAAUCAGGAUUCAGGUGUAGCCGAUUGCCUCCCGUUUCGUAACCAGAGCCCGAGCGGGUAAUAGCUAGACGCCGUCGAGUCCGAGUCAAAAGGAAGGCCCGGCGUCUCUAUGUUUCUGCUUAUAAUGUAAGGCGCCUCGGUUAAAAUUCUAUAGACCACUCGACUCUCUGCCUCUCCAACUUGUAUCGACCAUGCAGGGAUUAUUACACUUCAUGUCCAGUGCGAGCAAACCCCGCUCCCCGACUCCCACCACUCUCAUCGUGCGCAAUGGACUGGACGGGCUGGAACCCACGCACAUUGCCGCAGUGCGCCUCCUCUGGAAUGAGCUGCACCGCAGCACAUGCGAGGCGGCGGACUGCGAGCUGCUGGCAUUCGCGGGCAGUGCGUGCUACUUCGGCGUCGUUCUGCUGGCCACGGAUGAUCAAAGCGACGUUCGAGAGCAGUCUAAAUCGACUACGGACAGAGUCCGCUAUAAGUUUGCCGAGUUGCGACAGGGAAAGAAGAAGACGAGAAGGGCUGCGAAGAAACGGACCCAGGGCGAUGGCCGUGUGCUGGAGACAAAUAUUCAAACGCGGGGGUCUGAUUCAGAGAGGGUGGUGUGGCCCGGCCCACUUCCAAUUGCCUCGCCUCUAAAUAGACUGUCGAUGCAAUCCUCAACUCAGGAGCGCGCCAUUUCAGUCUUCCUAGAGAACUCCUCCGCGCCGAUAACCGCCCAGUCCUACAAGGCCAUCGGAAUUGUGUAUCUGUCACCCGCUGGCCCAGAUGGUGGACUGAACCUCGGCAUCGUCCUCGAAGCGUCGCACAGGUGGAAGGACUUCGGACGCCGCGUGUUGCAAGCCGUAUUGGCCCAUGCGUUCCAGGACCUCCAGAGCCACCGCGUUCAGGCCACGCCACUGAAUGCUAAGCCAAAAGGGACCAUCUCCCUACUGCUCCAGAAAAUGGGGUUCCGACACGAUAGCAUAAUGCGACGCGCGUUCUUCCACCCGCUGGCUGUCCAGUGGCAGGACGUCAGCACGUUGGCGAUGGUCGCGACGGACGGGCCGAGCGAGACGCAAGAAUGCCCGGUGCACUCUGAGCCGCUUCCUGAGCAACAGCGGGGCGACACUGACGACGUUAACAAGUCAAGCACCGUCAGCGACACUGCCCUGGCCGAGAUGAACGACAUUCCAGGCGAUAUCGGCAGCAUCCAAUGCGCGGAACCCGAAGAGCUAGAUCAAUGUGCAAAGUCUGCAGAACGGGUGGGUCUCGAGCUAUAUCAGCUCUCAUCAUCUUCUUCUGCUGGAUCAAAAUCGCCUUCACCGUCCUGUGUGUCCACACGCUCAAAUUCUGCUCUCUCCUGGACAGAUGCGGAGGAAUCGGAUUGGGAGAUGAUGUGGGAUUCAGCACCGUCGGAUUCUGAAUAAUCUAGUGUAAUUCUUCCGCUUCGCAGUACUACUCUGCUGUAACUGUACAUACGAUACAAUGCUACAUCCAAGACACGCUCAUGAUGUCAUACAGGGGGGGUCAUCGAAUUAAGUGGCGGUGCAGGAGGGACGCCCACAACCGAUCAAGGUUACUUCUCACCUCCUAAUAACUCGCAGCCAUGGAGGGUCACGCAGUGCUCGCUCGCUAUAUCUCUGACAACGCAGGCAGUGUGCCUUCGGUCCUUAAACCAAAGAAACUUCCCUUUUUCGCCCAAUCUAUUUGUCCAAGCGCUGAGCGCCCAGAUAUGGAUGGUAGCAGAUCAGCGCCCACGCUACGCUGAACACCAUUUAUAUCAGCGGGGUUGGAGACUGGGAGUAUGAUUUCCAGGUUACAAGCAACCACCAACGCGAACGACUAUGGCUCCCCGACACAUCAUGACGCUGCUGGCCCCGGCUUGGGGCCACUCUCUGCCCUACAUCCAGCUCGCUGUGCGCAUGCUCAGUGCGGACUCCGAGCUGGUAAUCACUAUCGUCCAACAUAAUCUCCUCGUGCCGAUGAUGGAGAAGGAGCUGGCUUCGUGCACGUACGACCGGGAUCGCUUGAAGAUCGUGGGCGUCGGUGUCAAGGGUGUUCCCAUGUCACCCGCCUUCUUGAAAGAAGCGACCGAGCAACUCGUGGGUGGGUGGCUGGAGACAUUGGGCAAGGUUCUAGGAGAGUCCGCGGCUCCAUGGCCCCAGCCGCGCACCCUGCAUAUGGACUUUUUCGGCGGCUGUUUCGCCUUCCCGCCGACAAAGGCGAUGCUGGGGCCCGACGGGAAGAUCCUGAUGUGGUGCUCCGCAGGCGUGACGAGCAUCGCGGACCACUUCGGCGGCAACCUGGGCGACCUUUCGCGUGCGAUCUUCGCGGACGAGACCCGGCGCGCGGGACGCUCGAUGGAGGACGUCAUGGGCGAUGUCAUCGAGUCCUCGAACGGAUCGGACAAACUGGACGGCCGCACCAUCAGCAUCGCGGGCAUCCUCGACAUCUACGACCAUGAGCACACCGCAUUCGGGGCCGGCGGCCCGCGUCAGCUUGCACCCGUCCUCGUCUCUGCGCAGGAUAUGGCACAGGCCGUCGACGGGUUCUUCUGCGCUGGGAGCAGCCCACUCGAGCCUGCUGGGGCGGAACACUCUCGCAGCUAUUUCGCAAAGCGCAACCAGGAGCUCUUCCUGCUGGGUCCCCAAAUGUCUGAGAAGGAUUGGGCCGCUCCUUCUGUGGGUCCGGGCCCGGACAAUACGACCAUAAAAUCGUUUUUGGAUUCUGCGGUGCAGAAGUACGGUGCGAGCUCCGUGCUGUACAUCUCUUUUGGAUCCUUCUUCUUCCCCGUCGCAACCCCUCACUUGGUGGAAGCGAUGAUCGACGUCCUCCUGGACCUCGAAACGCCGAUCCCGUUUGUGUUCGUGCUCGCCGGGCCGAUGGCCUCUCUACCGAAAGCGACGAUCGACCGGAUCCACGACAGCGGCCAGGGACUCGUGUGUGACUCUUGGGUCGACCAGAAGGCGAUCCUGCAGAGCGGCAGCAUCGGCUGGUUCCUCACACACGGCGGAUACAACUCGCUGACGGAAUCCCUCAGCCAGGGCAUCCCCCUCAUCUUCUGGCCCAUCGGCGCAGAGCAAGCCGUCAACGCAGCCGUGUUCUCGCAGGAGCCGCAUGCCAUCGGGAUCGAACUCUUCCAGAUCCGGGCAGGGAAACAGCUGGGCCCCUCCCUCCGGCCUGAAGCGCCGAAGAUCACUGGCACGGUUGAAGACGCCAAGAUCGAGUUCGCGCAGACCUUCGCGGCACUGAAAGGUUCCAAAGGCAAGGGUCUGCGGGAGGCUGCUGCUAAGAUCGGUCGGCUGUGGCGGGAGGAGAGGGUCGAUGGAGAGUCUGCGCGAGAGCUCAUCCGGUUUAUACAAUACUGAACUGCGUGAAGGACACGCCCUUGCUGUACAUUGUAUGUGGAUAGGAGGCGCGAAGUUGAUAUCGACGACGAUAAGAAAGUGCAAUCGUCUGCCAUGGUUUCAUACAAUGAAAUGAUUACGAAGCGAUAAAAAGUAAGUCGACGGUACGGCAGUGCGAAUGAAGAUGUGAGACCACUUGAAACACAAAAAAACAUGUCUGCAUUAAGGGGGAAUCGAACCCCCGGCGGGUCGAUACUAUGUAUCGCAUGGCAACGACCCAGGUUACCACUACCCCAUUAAUGCUGUACGAGAGAA